GGGAAGGUCCAAUUUUCUCAACAACAAAUCAAACCUCAAAUUCACUUCAAAAAUUCUUGUAGCCUUAAGCUUCACAAUUUCUUUCCUCUUCACUAAAAGCUAUAUACAUACCUUGGCAUUUGGCCAAACUAUACUCAUUAAUUCUUGAAGUUAUUUAAACAUGGAUAUGGUGAUGAAGUUGGGAACAUCAAGCUCAGUGGUGAUUUUCACCAAGAGUAGUUGUUGCAUUUCUCACAGCAUUGAAACACUAAUCCGUAGUUUUGGAGCAAACCCUAUAAUUUACGAGCUCGAUACACAUCCAAAUGGGAAGCAAAUGGAGAAGGCAUUGAUGGAACUAGGGUGUCAUCCAAGUGUGCCAGCAAUAUUUAUAGGGAAAGAGUUAGUUGGUGGUGCUAAUGAGAUAAUGAGCCUUAAUGUGAGGGGAAAGCUUAAACAAUUGCUCAUUAGGGCUAAUGCCAUUUGGGUAUAGGGAAUUAAUUAAUUAAUAAUGACUAGCUAUGUAUAUAGCAAUUAGUCUAAUAAUUAGAGUUUUGAUAAUAAAUUUACCACCUUAUUAUAGAGAGUCAUUCUGUUUUCUCUUACAUUUUGCUUCUUGAUGUAUAAAUAAAAUUUAUAUACUUAGGUCAUGUAUAGUCUUUUCUUUUGGCAAUCUAGUGGGAAUUUUGCUUUAUUCACACAUGAAAUCAAUAACAGUGAGCUUCUUUACGUAUUGAA